AUGGCUCGCUAUGUGGAUCCACUUGUGGUGGGGAGAGUGAUAGGAGAUGUGGUGGACCUCUUCGUGCCCACCGUAAGUAUGACAGUGAGGUUUGGAUCGAAGCAUGUGAGCAACGGCUGUGACAUCAAGCCAUCCAUGGCCGCUAACCCGCCGACGGUCCAAAUCGCAGGCCAGCAGUCUGAUCUCUACACUUUGGUGAUGACUGACCCUGAUGCGCCGAGCCCUAGUGAUCCCACGAUGAGGGAGUGGCUCCACUGGAUGAUGGUUAAUAUGCCGGGUGGAACACAUCCUUCUCAAGGGGAGGAGGUGGUGCCGUACAUGGGACCCCGGCUGCCGUUAGGGAUCCACAGGUACGUGAUGGUGCUGUUCCGGCAGAAGUCUCGGUUUCCGGGGGUGACGCCGCCUGCGACGCGCCUCAACUUCAACACGCGGUCAUUUGCUGCGCAUCACGACCUCGGCCUCCCCGUCGCCACCGUCUACUUCAACUCGCAGAAGGAGCCGGCGACCCGGCGCCGCUGAGUAGGGAGCGGCACAAUCCAUGGCAUCCACACUUCGAUAAACUCACACAUGUUUCGAGCUUGGUCGUGUUCCUUUUUAUCUUUCUGUA